UCAAAUUUAUCAGAUUUGAUAUGAAAUCUCUCCUUUUAGUAAAAACAACAGUCGGUACCAGGCUCCAAACAUUUUGCAUAAAUUAUAUUAUGACUAACAGGGUGAAACUUUUUGACCAAUAACGAUCGAGUUGACUGUCACAUGUGAUGAAUAUUCAUGUUAUCGAUGACGUAUUACAUUGGUAGUCAAUGGAGUGUAUGUGGUCGGGCUACUGUACAGGUGACACCGUUGUCCCGGAAUAAUGAAAAGAUGGUUCCGUUUUGUCAAUUUAUAAAUAGGAGGAUUGGUGGAUUGAAGAUGUAGACACUGGAACAUUUGUGAGAAGUUAACAAGCUGUGGCUCGUGUCAUCCUCAUUCUUCGUGGUGUUCGCCGAAUACAGUGGUCACAUUAAAUUAUUUGAAGCAGCACCGGCUGUAAAUCUGAGUCUUGUGUUCAGUGGAGGCUGCCGACGCCAGAGCAGAGGGGAGGAACAACGGCUAGAUUUGACCAUCACGCAUCACUUAUUAUUAAUAAUUUUUUUCGUGUAGCUGCUUCAGAAUCGUUAUUCCAAAUUUGAGAUUGAAGAUUGAGAUCCAUAACAUUUUAACAUUUUUGUCUUUGCUCACCUCUCUUUUGUUGUUGGAUUGAACGAUUACAGUCGGUUUCUUGUUCCAAAACUGCAGACAGUGCAGUCUGCACCUGUUUUAAUUUCCCCUUAUCCUUAAAUUUGCUAGCCUAUUCUAUUGUUAGUUUUGUUUUUCACUGUUUGAAAUUAUGCUUCAUCAUGUUCAUUGAUUCUAGCUCAAACAAUCGUUGCAUCUCUUGCACAUAAUCCAUGUUCUGAGAGAGGUAUUUUCAGAUUUUCUCGUCUUCAUCAUUGACAUUACUCGUUAGUAAAAAGAAAUCGUGACAAAACAAGAGAGGCAUCAAUCAUCUUUGAGUUUGACUUGUUUGAAUGUGCCUCAAGAUGUAUGCAUAGACUUAGUGUUCCUACCAGUACCACUGAAUCUGAUAAAUUUGCUGAUUUUACUGAUUUUUGGAUAACUUCCCAGCAUGCAGCAAAGGCCUUGUUACAGUUAUUCAUCAAAAAGUAUAAAUAUCAACCGGGACAGAUAUGUCUGCUUAUAACUGUUGCUGCGAUAAGGGACAGCAAACAUUGUUGGAUAUUCAAGGAAACCAAGUCGGUUGUAUCACUGGCUACUCCACAAAGCAAUCGAUCAAAAUAUUGCCCUUGCGAGGGAAUUCGUUGCCGCAGAGGCAACAGCUAGCGAACUGUCCAGUCCACGGAACUUUGAUGAAUGAAAAUGAGCUGAGAAAGAGGACUAAAAACAUGGAAAACGAACCCAAGUAUUCCUUUAAGGAGUUGAUUACAACUUGGAAUAAUGCUGUGGAAAGUGCUAAGAGCGGGAGAUGGGAAGAUGCCUUCAACAGUUUUCUGCCCAUCCAAGAUUAUUCUGCAAAAAUGAGGUUCAAUUUGGGUCAAGUUGCUUGGGUGCUGGAGAAGCCUCAGGUUGCUGAAGAGAACUUCACAGCAGCUGUAGAAAAGGACCCCCACAUGGCGCUUGCCCACUUCCAGCUAGGCAUGGUCUACUUUCAUCUCCAUCGAUACAACGAGUCCAGGAACAGCUAUGAGAAGGCCAAGGUCUGUCUCCGUGGCAACCGUUUCAUCGACUACAGGCAGCUUGGCUUUGUGCACAAACUCUACGAGUGUGAGGUUCUCUAUAAUUUAGCCCUGACCUAUGCAACUAUGAUGAACAAUUCAGAGUAUGCUUUGGAGUUACUUGAUGAAGCGAAGAAAGUCAGCGUUGAGGCUCGGCAUGGCCCAUUGAUUGAAAAGGCACAGAAACGAUUACUGACCAAUCAGCUGUACGAGCCUGUGGUGUUGCCUAGCAACCAGUUGUUCCGCCCGCCCAAGAGCAAAGUUGUCGGUUUGAAGAACGUGGAUUAUCUUGGCAAACCGAAGGUGGUCAGUGAACUUCCUGAAUCUAGCAACAAUAACAAUGAAACAAAUUUCCAACCCUCCCCAAACUCCUUCCGUCCCAUUUACGAUGACUUCUCGGACGAUGAUGACCUGUCUCCGACCUUCAACGGCGGCUCCUCACCUACGCCCUCUACGGUCACCAAGAUGACACACAAGGAUACCAUAGCAACGUGGUACGAGGGCGUGUUGGCCUUCGAGAGGGGGGAAUCAAGCGAGGCUUUGAAUCAGCUGAACAGCAUCGUCGAUCCGUCCGCCAAGAUUCUCUACAACAUCGGUAUCUUGCAGAAGUCUCUGGGACAACUGGAGGAUGCUAAUUCAAUUUUAAAGGAGGUUGUAUCGAGAGAUCCCCAUCUGGCCAUUGGUCACUUCCAGUCGGGCGUGGUCCUGGGUCUCCUCGGGAGGGGCGAUGAUGCAUGGCACGCCUUUGAGAAGGCACGAGAGACUCUCCGGGGCAAGAUGAUUAACUACAAGCCGCUGGGCUUGCAGUAUAAACUCCACAAGUGUGAGGUUCUCCAUAACCAGGCCUGGGCCUACAAUGAGUUAGACCAACGAGACUGGGCCAGGAACCAACUGGAGGAGGCCAGAGAGUGCAAGGCAGAUCCGAGACACGAUAAGAUAGAAGACUCCUACAGGGCAUUCACUAGCGGGCGCUCCUUCAAACUCUAUGAGCUUCCGAAGCCGUUGCUAUUCAAACCCCCAAAAUCCAAGAUUGAUAACCUGGAUAGAAAGGACUACCUUGGCAAAGCUAAGAUUGUUGCCAAGCUGCCAACUGUGAGAAAGCGCUCCUCUACUCCUCCCCCGUUGAAAACAUCCAGCUCUCUUGGCGUGCCGGUAUUGAGUCCAAGAAGUAAAACACCAACACCAUCUUCGGCACCCUCUAAAGCCCUGCCAGUGCCAAAGUCACAGAGUUUGUCCAGUCCAGGCCUUCCAGACAGACCAGUUCCUUCCAGACAGCCAAGACCUAGUCUACCAGACACUCAAGCUCCAUGGAUGAUGCCUGUAGUGACAGUGGAGUCCUUGCAGAAUUCUAAACCACCUAGCCGACCUCCGCCUUCUCAGUCGGGAGGGUUCAACUUUGAUAAGGUGCUACCAGAGGCACCAGCACCAAGUAGAGAGGCACUAAGUAGUCCUGUCCCUCAAAGACCACUUCCUGUGACCCCUGGCAGGAAGAUGAGUUCAGAGCUAGCGCCAAGUCGUCCAUUGCCGUCACCAUCUCGUUUAAGUCCGGUCCCUAACAGACCGCUUCCUGCAAGUCCUGGGAAGAACAACAGUUCGGAUUUACCACCGAGUCGUCCGUUGCCUUCUCCAACUAGAUUAAGUCCUGUUCCUGAUCGUCGUGGGAAAAAAAAUAGUCCUGAGUUACCACCAAGUCGUCAAUUGCCGUCACCAAGUCGUUCCAGCCCUGUACCUGAUAGGCCGCUUCCUCAGAGGCCUGUUCCAACAAAGAGCAGCGAUGCUCCACUAAGUAGGCCACUGCCAUCCCCAAAACGCAGCAGUCCACCCCCUCCAGAUAGACCACUACCUGGACCUCCCAGGAAGUCUGCUAGUCCAGAUCUACCUCAGAGGCCGUUGAUACUAGCACCUAGUGAUUCUGAUGUCCCAAGUAGACCGCUAUUCCUUGCUGACAGACCUGUUCCAGCUAGACCUGGCAAUGCUUCCCCAGAACUUCCAAGCAGACCAGUGCCCCCACCCCCUGGUACAGAUGAACCAGACUUACCCUCAAGGCCUGCACCAAUUGCAAGUAGAAUCAGUGACUUAAGCAGCAGAACGGUCCCGCUUUCCCCAAAUGCAGGUCGCAAGUUACCUGGGAUUCCAGUAACGAAGAACCCUUUUUUUGAUAUGUCAAACAGACAGGUACCUGCAUUACCAACAGAAGGCCCUCAGGAUGACUUGCCCUCGAGACCACCUCCUCCAAAACCAACCCAAUCAAUGCCAGAACUUCCUCCAAGACCAGUGCCCAGUCCACCCAUCAAGCAACUCUCCUUGGACAGUCUCUCUACAAGACCAGUACCCCCUCCCCCUGGGUCCAAUACAGAACCGGAGCUCCCACCCAGGCCCAAGCCUAGCGGUGGCAACCUCCUUCAAGAUAGACCCAUUCCUCCACCGCCAAGCUCUUCACACGCUAUAAACCUCUUAAACCCAGGGAGGAGGUCAUCUAGCCCUGGACUACCGGACCUGCCUCCUCCACCGCCCCCAAAGAAGGCUCCCUCUCCCAAUCCUCCUCGCAAGAAUAUCAACAACAACCAUGUAGCUUCCAAUGGUGGAAAGCUUGCUGGUAACAAAGCCAAGUUGGUCAAGAUUGUAUCGGAUAGCCCACCUGUAGUGAGGAGAGCUGCUGCAGUCACAGUCACAGUGCAGAAAGAGGCAAAACCAACUCCAGUGGAGAGGUCCAAGCCUGCAACAGCAGACAAGCCUGCAGCGGCUGGAAAACAGCCACCUAUCCUAGCUUUCAAGCCAGAGCUGAAGCAACGUGUGGCUAAAGGUGGAGGCCCUAGCAAGCCAGGCCAGCGGAAGACAGCCCUUGUUAUAGCCUCUCAUGAGAAUGAUGUAGAGGGAGAAGUGUCUGUAUCGGAAGGUGAUCUGAUCACUAUCACGGGAGAAGUUGGUGACUGGUUGGAGGUAGAGGUCAAAGGUCGCAAAGGACGUGUACCAAGGUCGUGUGUCAAAGACUUCAGCAAGCCAAGAGUGUAGUUCAAUGAAGAGGUGACCGCAGUCUUUCAAAAAUGCCAGACUUUAAAACCAACCUUUAUUGCCACGCAGUUAUUGUCUUUAUGUACCAGGAAUACAUUGAUUAGAAAUUAGUGGUAUCCAAUGAAAAAGCAGCAAUCACGUGUCACAAACAAAUUGACUAUGUGAUAAUGUACCACAAGUCAGAUGUGUCCAAAUUUUUAAUAAAGUUUUACAUUUUUCAAGUGGGCCUUUUUUACGAUGGUUAUAAUCAUACCACUUCAAUGUGCUAUGAAUCAGGUCAUGUCUGUGAACCAAAGAGCCUACUGUCAUCAUUAUCAUGAAAUAUGAAUAUUGGUAAAUUGAUAUAUUUUGAAUUGCAAUCUAAUCUUUCAUCGUUGAAUAGUGUGUGCACAUUUUACUCUGUUCUAUAUUUCACAAUUAGUGCAACAAACAAAUUGUUACAAAACAUAAAUGUGAUUUCCAGUCUUCAUAUAUGAUCUUAUAUUUGUAAAGAUGUCGGAAUGAAAUUCUGCAUAUUCAUAAACAUUUUAUAUACAUAGUACAAAUACGUGCACCCGAAGCUGCACAUUACUGUAUGUACUCAAAUUUUCAAAUGAAUUUUAACUGUCCGUUUCUGUUUUUAAAAGAUUGUAUUUUAUGCAGUACCUGUUUUUAUGUGCUAGUUCUGCGUUUUUGUUAUCAGUUUGUUUCUGUAUACAUGUACUUUAUAUUAAGUGCUAUGUGAACAUUGAUUAAUGAUCAGGUCUUCAGGAUUAUUAUAAUUUAUGACCACCUGUUCUCAUUAGUAACACACCAUCCCAAGGAAUUUGAUCCAAAUUUGUUGACUGCUCAGACAGUUUCAACACACAUUUCAUUGUGUGUGCUUAUUAUCUCACUUCAAUUAUUACUCUCUAUCACUCUAUGGAGAAGUUUAUCUAACAUUUAACUGUAUAUGCUCAUUCUCUUGUGCCUGUUUUAUAUUAUGCUAUGUUCUGUAUUUAAAGUCUCAUCACUUUUUUUUGCAUAUAUUUGUUAAUGUUUUAUAUAAUCACAAACAUAUCCCGAUUAUGUGUAAAUAUGUGUAUAUGUAGCUCAUUAAAAACAGUUUGUGUGUGUGCGUGUGUGUGUGUGUGUGUUUGUCUUCUGUAAUUCAUAAAUCUCAUUUAUUUCUUUCGUAAAGUCAUCAGCUAAAGAUUAAGAGUGUCCUAAUAUUCUUUGAUUGUUUUUUUAAUGGUUGUCAUCAUUUGCACCCAUCAUUUCAUCUCAUUUAUGGUAUGCCAGUGAAAAUUUUACAUAUCUAAUCAUUUUGUUUUACUAUUACACUGUAAUUUUUUCAUGAAAGAAUGCAAGUACAUUUCACCAAAGCCACUCAUGUAUGUACAUUGUCACCUUUGCUGUAAUUUUCUUGUAAUUAGGCUGCAUUUUGUAGUAAAUAUCAAGUACUGCAUUUUAAUUCAAAUUGAUAUAUUUAUUGAUAGUUAUGAACAUUGGGAACUGCAAUAAAAUGAAUAUUUCACAAAAAAUA